AUGGCCCGGUUCUGCUACCGUACCGCAUUCAUCUCCGCUGCCACUACUUAUGGCAUUGCCGUCUAUAAGAUUUUGUGUUUCCGCGCCCGAAGCAGCCAAAAGGUCCCGGGUGGUGCUCUUAGCGUUGCUGCCUACGAGACUGUCCAGUAUCUCACUCUGGCCCUAGUCUGGCUCUUUAUGCCUCAGCGGCAUAGUGCUCUGCUCCCUUAUUGCAUCUACUCCAUCUUCCAUGUCGCUGUCUAUAUCCGCUCCGAUCUGAUCCCCACAAUCCAAGCCAAUCUCAUCCAAGAUAUCCGCACACUCCAGACGAAUGUGGUCUCCACAAUCCAGACCAAUGUAGUCUCCACAAUCCAAACCGAAAUUGAGACCAAUGUGAUCAGCCCGCUCCAAUCCAAAAUGCAGACAAAUCUCAACCCGCUCCAGACAGCACUCCAGACCAAUCUGAACCUUGAGCUCCAGGCCACACUCAAGACCAUACCUGUCGCUCCUGCUGCGGCCGCUCUAGUUCCGGAGAUGGUGCCCGCAUCCGACUUUAUCGCUGACAAGAUUAGCGUCUUCGUCAAGAAAUGCUAUGAUAUGUCUAUGUCAGUGCUUGCUCCGACCAUUAUAUCGUUCUUUGUGCCCCAGUGGAUCUAUCCCAUCUUUUAUCUAGUCACCAGGUUUACCGCUCUUCCUAUUGGCACUUCAGGUGCAAAGACGCCAACACUCGACUCUAUCGCCGACAAUAUCGGUGUCUUUAUCAAGACGUAUUACAACAUUUCUAUGUCAGUUGUGACUAAACUCGAGAUUUUCAUCUGGUUUAGUCUCCUGUUCUCAGCCAUCACCUUCCAGCGCCAGUCGUGGAUCAUGAUCGUGGUCUACACUGGCUUCCUGCGCGCCCGUUAUGACCUGAGCGACUUAGCUCAGCUUGAGGCCAAGGUUGACGGCUUCCUAGACGCCCAGAAUGCCCCCCUUACCGGUCGCCGGGCCUGGAAGAGUGUCAUGGUGCUUACGCGCAAGUUCUAUCAUGUGUCGGAUCUUACUAAGUAUAUGGGUAGUGAUGCUGCUCCCAAGAAGAUGAAACAACGGUAA